AUGAGCGUCAUCUGCCAGAGCAAACUCGGCACCAAGAGUAUCCCUGCCAGCAAGGUUCCCCGGGCCACAACAACCAUCCGUAGCAAAUUACCAGUUCUGAAGAAGCUCGUCCGCAAAGUCAACGUCGUGGUAGUUCCCAGGCCCACUACUACUACGUCCACUGAGGUCAAGACAAUUACUGAGACAACACAGGCUGAUCCUGAUGUCGAAACUACAAUUGAGACAAAGACAGCUGGCUUUAUCUCUGCCAAGGGCCCUGACUGGCGGCCCAAGGUCAAGGUGAGAGACACCCCUAAAGACAUAGCUGCACCCGACCUUCUCCCAGCUGGACUUCAGUCGGAAACCGAGUAUGUCCAGCGCAUCGACUGUACAAAGGAAAACUCAACUACGGCCCUCAAAGCCACAACCAUCACGGUGAAGGAGGCUCGCGUUACCGCCAAUCCAAAAGACCAAAACGAAAUUCGUCACAUCAACCACAACUACAAUCGAGACUCAGUAUCCGCCAAAGGUGACGGAGACUUCAUUCGAAACUAUUAUUUCUACUUGACUGUAGAGAGGGUCAUACCAGUUGACUACUACGAUGCCUACGGUGACACCAACAUGCUGAGGACUGCCAAUGGAGGCAAAAUCAUCAGCAGCCUCAGCAUCAAGAUCAGCAGUAGAGCCAGCAUAAUCGACGGCCUUGAAAAUCCAUAUGAGUGCUAUGUUUGCUGCCAGCAGACAGCCGAAGGCUUGUUCUCCAAUUGA